AGUGUAUUGUUUUCAUGUUACAUUAUUUACAAAAUCAGAAUGUGGACUAGAGAAAAAAUUUUAAGAUUAAUAAAAGAUUAUCGAGAUACUCCUUGCUUGUGGGAUGUUUCGAGUCCUGAAUAUAAAGUCAAAAGAAAUAGAAGGGAAGCCCGAAUAGCAUUGGCCGCUAAACACAAUGUCACAGUCGAUCAAAUAGAAAAGAAAAUACACAAUUUGAAAACAUCAUUCAACCGGGAACGGAAAAAAUGUUUGGAGAAAUCUCGGGAAUCACCAUGGUUUGCUUAUAAUUAUUUAUAUUUUCUACAACCAUCAUACGAAUCAAAGGACGGGCUUAAAGUGGAAUUCCCUGUUGUCCCGGAUGAAGACGACAUGAUUGAACAUGAUCCUGAUUAUGAGGAGUACCCUGCACAAAAACCUGUUAAAUAUAUGCACUCUUUGUCAGAAGUACCAGGUCCUAGCAGAGAUGAGAUUUCGGUUUUCGGGGAGUAUGUAACAAACAAAAUGCGGAAUUGUAGUAGACCCAGAGCCGAGGUCUGUUUGGCCCAGAGACACAUAAACGACAUUUUAUUUAAACUCGACAUGGGACUGCUAGCUGAGGAAAUUCCAGCUAUCAAGAGACCUGCGGCCGCCAUCUCAAUCGUUUCACGUGACAGUUAUUUCCAUAAUUACUCAUCACCAAAAACAGAUGAUAUAGAAGUUGCAGAUUCUAUGGAGUAAUGCAUAAGGGAUUUUAUUAGAUGCGAAGGAUGUAUGUCUUCAACUUCGAAAUAUUCCCAAGAGUGAAUACAAAAAUUUUACAAACAGUAAUAUAAUGAUUUUUUAACAAAGAUUAACAUAGAGUAAUUUGAUAAUAAAGGAUAAAUAUAAAAU